AUGGACGACGGCGGCGACUCGAAGCGCGUGAAGUUCGUCUUCAUCACGUGGGUCGGCGAGAGCGCGUCGCCGCUCAAGAAGGGAAAGGUCGCUCUUCACAAGAAGGAUUGCGCGACUCUAUUUAAGGGCUUCCAUAUUGAGAAGCAGUUGUACGAGAGGGAGGCCCUGGCGAGCCUGCAGAAGGAUAUUGAUGACACACUGAAGAUGGCGGGCGGCGCCAACUACGAUAUGGGCAACAUCCGCAUGGGCGUGCAGGCCGGCAACUCCGACAGCUACAAGUCUUUGGAGCUCUCAGAUUCACUAGAUGGAUUAUUCAUUCGCUGGCGCGAUGCGAUCAGUGGCGUCACGACUGGUUCCGCCAGCAGUGACGGCUCAGAGGAGCGGGAGCUCAUAGCAGGUGGGAAUGUGACGAGCAGGUGGGAGUGGGAUGCCGUAGCCACCCGCCUGUACCUGGAGAUUCUGUUCCUCGAGAACUCCCGCCCGCUGCACCGUGCGCUGCUCUCCGCGCUCGUGCGCAUCUUCGCGCUCCAUGGGGUUGGCGCAGCGGGGCGGGGCAGGGGGAAGGGCGGAGCCGGAGGAGGGGGAGGGCGGAAGGGGAAAAAAGAGGGGAAGGGAAAGAAGCAAAGGGGCGAGCGAGCAGAGAGAGGGACAAGUGCGGGGGAUAGCCAGGCAGAGGGGGGGUUGGGAGAUGGAGGAGUGAGGCAGGGAUACGGAGAGGAGGAUGGGGAGAGUGUUGCAGGGAGAGCGAGGGCGAUAGUGGAGAGUGUUAUCGCGUUGUGCUGUAACGAGUACGGCGUUGGUGGCUCCAAGAGGCGGCAGUUCGCUGCAGCUGCAGCAGGGGCUUCCAUCACUGCCGCCCAGUUCCAGGUUUGUGCUUGCCGCCCCUCCCCCUCUCCCCCUCUCACUCCUAGUCACAUUCAUGGCACUCCACUCCCACUCGUGCCAUCCGCCCCACUCGUGCCAUCCACCCCCAUCCACGGUCAUCCCCGUUCCCUUCCUUCCACACUCGUCCCCGUUCCCUUCCUUCCACGGUCGUCCCCAUUCCCUUCCUUCCAGGCACCCUUUGACAGCUCAUCUCGCCUCGUGGCGCGACAGCUGGGGCACGUUCUGAGUGCAGACGUGGCAGCAGUGGUGGACCACAUGCAGCCACGUGGCAGCAGUGAGGACAGGUUUCCAAGGGGGAGCAGGAGCAGCACAUGCAACGAUCAUGAGGGGCUCUCUGAUGCCGCUGGCAUGGCUGACGUAGGGCAAACAGCUGCCAAAGAAGCCUCGGAAGCAGGUUUGGGAGCAGGUUCGGGAGCAGGUUCGGGAGCAGGUUCGGGAGCAGGUUCGGGAGUAGGUUCGGGAGCAGGUUCGGAAGGGGGGGGCCACGUGGUACCAGCAACGAUGGAGCUGUGUCAGGAGGCGCUGUCAACGCUCUACUACCUGCUGCAGCGCUACCCUCUAGAGUUUGCUCUGCGCCCUUCCAGCACCCAAGGCCAAGGCGAGCUGAGCAGUCAAGGCAGUGAGAGGACUGGGAGCGUUGAGAGCAGUGAGAGCAACGGGAGUGUUGAGAGCGAGGGCGUGUGUGAGGAGCUGCUGUCAGUGCACGGCGCUGUAGUGAGAGUGCUACAAACGGGGGUGCUUUCCAGAGAUGCCACUGUAGCAGCGGCUGUCGCUCUCUGCGCCUUGCUGCCUCUCAUCCAAUCAGAAAAAAGCUCUGGUGCAACAGCAGGGGAAGAGAAGGGCGAACAGGAGGAGGAGGAGCGGAGGGAAGGGCGGCUGGCUGUGGCUCUAGCACGCUCCUUCUUUUCCUCCCCUGCCUCCUCUUCGUCCCCUUCCGCCCCUGCCAUGCUGCCAUCAGCUGCUGUCGCGAGUCCUACCCCUGCUGUGUCUGCAGCGCCAGCAACCGGCUUAGCAGCGGCUGCUAGCGAGUUUGUGGACCCAUUGACAGUACUGGAGGCGCUUAAAACGAGGCAGGAGCGAGCAGAAGCAGGGCAGUCGGGUGCAUGGUUGGUGGACAUGGGGAGGUUUCCUCUGUUCAGCCAGCUGUGCUGCAUCCGAGGCAUGCUCACUGCUGUUCCCCGCCAAGCCCUCACUCACCUCCUGCUGCUGCUGCCCACGCCCUUGGCCGUGCCUGCUCAGCCGCUUGAAGCAGCAGGUGCAGCAAGAACAGCAGCAGGGGAGGCAGCGACCCCCCAGGCAGAGGAUGUGCGCUGCUGGUCGCUGCUCUUUCACGGCCUGCUGCCCCGUGUCCUCUCUUUCUGUGAAGCUUCCUCAGACGCGCACACCAAGUUCCAUGCGCUCACCGCCCUCCAGAUAUGCCUCCACCAGAUCAAGACAAGCCUGCUGGACGGCACCUGCACUGCCUCCCGCGCACUGUUCACCCGCCAGGUGGCUCGAAUUCGUGCGACGUGGCAGUCCGGGAUUUGCGGAGCGGAGGUGUCAGCAGCAUCAGCAGCAAGCCAGGAAGCUGAUAUAUUUCCUCUUAGCCAAUCGGUGGAAAUUUCGAUGGAGGAUGGCGGUGUGCCGGCGUAUGAGGAGAUGCCACGUGGCAUUGUGGAUAGGAUCCUGGGCGCGGUGUGGGGCCACUGGGAGGAUCCGCUGACUCAGACGGCGAGGCAGGCCCACGUGGCACUGGACCUGCUGCUGGACGUUGUUGAAUGCCUGGGACGCGUGGGCGAAGGGGAUAAGGGCGCGGGGGCUACAGAGGAAGAGAAGGGAGGAGGAAAAGAUGUUGCUGGUUCUGUAGGUGACGGUGUGAAAGAUGAGCGGGAGGAGAAAGGGAGGGAAGAGGAGGAGGAGGAGGAUGUGGUGGAGGGGCUGGGGUUCAUGAUGGCGGAGGAGCAGGGAGAGGGGGCAGAGGGGGGACGAGAGCAGGAGCAGGAGGCAAGGCAGAGUGGGACAGCAGAGGCGAGGCCAGUUGCUGCACCAGGAGGGGCGGCUGCAGCUGCAGAAGGGACGGACGAGGAGGUUGUUUCCGGUGCAGGCGCAUCCCGCGUAGGCGGCGAGUUUCGGCGGUUUGCGGAGCAGCUGGCUCAGGAGGUGCUGGCGACGGGGCCGCACAGGAAGGGGCGGUAUGUUCCCCUUGCCUCGCUCGCUCUGCGCUUGGGCGCUGCUCGCCUGCUGCUCAUGAGCAAGCAGGGGCGCUUGGAGGGCGAGGAAGGCGAGAGGAGCGUGGGGAGUGAGAGGAAUGGAGCAGCAGGAAAAGGGGAGGGAGCAGGAGGGAGUGUGCGGUUCCCGGUGGGAGUGUUGGGUGACGCCCUAGCAGCCAUGGGCGACGAGGGCGUGUGCUGUGCUGUCGCCUCCUUCCUCUCCCCCUUCCUCUCCCGCCUCCGUGAGGAGUGCUGGGCCGGCACAGCAGGCACAACGGCCACAGCAGGAAUUGGGGAGGGUCAGGAAGGCGGCGGAGAGGGGGGAGGCAACGUGGAGUGGCGGAGGGUGUGGAUGCCAGCAGUGCUGUGUGGGCUGGUGGCAGGGCCGUCUCUGCACCGCACCAACGUGGCCACCUACGCCCUCCCCGUGCUCCUCACCCUCGACCCGCCCUCGCUCUGGCCCCUCCUCUCCUUCCUCACCGCCCUGCCCCCAGGCAGCGAGGGAGGAGAGGGUAUUGAGGAUAGAUUGGGCAGCGCGGUGGCGGUGUGGGAGCACUGGCCUGAGCUGGCGGAUGUGAGGGGAGGGCCGCAUGGGGAGUACCCGUGGGGGGCGAGUGUGGAUGCGCGGGUGGGGGCGGUGGUAGCGCUGCUGCGCAUGGGGCGCGGCAUGGGCGUGCUGGAUGGACCCCUGGAGGCCGCUGGUAGGGGCGGCCGGGAUAUGUGGGCGCAGAGGGCGGGUUCAGGGGAUGAUGAGGAGGAGGAGGAGGAGGAGGAGGAGGAGGAGGAGGAGGAGGAGGAGGAGGAGGAGGAGGAGGAGGAGGAGGAGGAGGAGGAGGAGGAGGAGGAGGAGGAGGAGGAGGGAGAGAGUGGGGAUGGGGAGAAAGGGAGGGCGGACGGAGAGGAGGCGGGGAGGAGUGACUGGUCCGGCGGGCCGCAGACCGUGCUGACGUGGAUGCUGGAGCGGGCGACGUGGCACGCUGACGAGGCGGUGCGGGUGGACGUGGCGGAGCUGCUGUGCAUCUCAUUCCGCACCACGGCCAUGCCGUCCCCCCCCGAGCUGCACCUGCUGGGGCUCGCCUUCCCCCUCAACCUGCGCUGCUCCUCGCCCAACCUGCGCAUGCGCUGGUGCUCCAUCGUGCGCCGCUUCUUCUCCCGCGUUCGCGCUGCCGUGGAACGGCAGGAGAGGAUGGCUGCUGUCACCCGCCGCCAGAAAAUGGUUGCGCUGGGGGGAGGCGAAGCAGGGAAAGGAGGCGAUGCUCGGGGAGGAGGUGAGGAGCAGGAGGAGGGGGGAAUGAAGGCAGGGGAGGAGGGGGGGGAAGAGGGGGAGAGGGAGGAGGGGGCGAGUGUGGGCGAGGUACAGGCGUUCAUGCAGUGGCUCACUGCGCUGCUCUUCUCCUCGCUGUACCCCUCCGCACCCUAUGAGCGCAAGAGCAUGGCUCUCGACACUCUCUCCGCGCUCAUGGACGUCUGGAGCCCACAUGACUUCCUCCCGCCUCACACUGCCGCUGCACUGCCCCCUCACACCACCCCACACCUCCCAACCUUCUCCCCCUACCCGCCCGGUGCGCUGGCCCCAGGCAGCACGCACCUACUGCUGGCAGCAGCGGUGGACAGUUGGGACCGGCUGAGAGAGGCGGCGCUGGGGGUGCUGCUCAAGUACCCUGCUCCGCUGCCGGGGUUGGAGAGUUCAGGACAGGUGGCAGAGGUGGUGGAGUGGGCGUGUGGGCUUGUGAUGAGCCCGAGGGUGAGGGAGAGUGAUGCGGGCGCGCUGGUGCUGAAGCUGGUGUUUAAGAAGUAUGUGGUGGGACUGGGGUGGCAAGUGAGGCUCUUUCCCUCCGUUUCUGUCACGCCUCCUCCUGCUGCUGUUGUUGGUGAUGAAGCUGCUGCUCCUGGUGCUCUUGCUGACUGUGCUGUUGAGUCUGGGGGCAGCAGCAGCAGCAGCAGCAGCAGCAGCAACAGCAAUGGGCAAGGGGUACUGGUGGAGUAUGUGCAGUCGCUGAACGAGUGGCUGGCAGCGCUGGUGGAGGAGGGUGAGAGGGACAUGAUCGGGGCGUGCCGGCACAGCCUCGUGCACGGUGUGCUGCUGCUGCUCCGAUACACGCUCGAGGAGGUUGACUGGACCGAACCAUCCAUGCACACCGCUGCUGAUGCUGCUGAUGGGGCUGACGGGGCUGAUGGGGCUGAUGGGGCUGAUGGGGCUGCGCAGGAGGCGCAGACAGCAGGGGGCAUGAGGGGGGUGCUGCGGCGGGUGCUGGCGCUGGUGCUGCGAGUGACGGGGCUGGCUCUGUGGGUGGUGGCAGCAGAUGGGUUGCGCGUGGACGUGGGGGAGGGGGGACGGCUGCAAGUGAGUGACAAGGACGCACAGGGGACCAGUGCAGUGUGCUGUGAGGGGCGAGAGGAGGAGAAUGAGGGGGAGGAGGAAGGUGAAGAUGGGGAGGUAGAAGGCAACGAUGCCGAUGAUGGUAUUGCCGAUGCUGCUGAUUAUGCUGUUGCUGAGGACGAUGUGAUGGGAGCCGGUGAAGACGAUGGCAGUGGGCAGCAGCUGGCCCCGGUGGAGCAGAUGGUGAUGGUGGCGUGCUGGCUCUCCAUGAAGGAGGUCUCUCUGCUCCUCGGCACGCUCGCUCGCUCCGUGCCGCUCCAGGCUCAUGCGGGGGCAGGCGAGGAGGAGGUGGAUGGGGAGGAGGGAAAGCGGGCGACGGGGAGGAGGGGAGAGGGAGGGGAGAUGGAGGGUGGGGGAGAACUGCUGGAUGCUGUGCAGCUCAAGCAAGUGGGAGAUCACUUCGUCUCCCUCCUUCUAGCCAUGAAGCACAACGGGGCCGUCGACAAGACGCGGGCCGGCUUCAUAGCGCUCACAGACCGUCUGCUGCGCUGCCCUUCCCCCGCCCUCAACGCCCUCCCGCGCUCCUGGCUCACCACACUGCAGCGCCGCCUCACUGCACCGCACCAGACCCUCACCGACCUCAUCCGCCGCUCUGCUGGCCUGCCCGCUGCGUUCCUGGGGUUGUUUCUGGGCGAGCCCCAGGGGGCGCCGAAAGUGCUGCUGCCCCGUGCUGUGGCAUGGCUGCUGGAGGUGGUGGGGGGGGCGGAGAGACGGGGUGGGGUGGGGAGAGACGCGGAGGGUGUGGGGGAUGGUGCAGAAGUGGAAGGAGGGGCAGGAGGGGAAGAGUGGAAAGGUGGGCGUGCAGAGCAGGCAGGAGAAGCGCUGGUGCCAGGACCAGCAACAGUAGCACCAGGGGUGCAAGCUGCAGCAACAGCACCAGCACUGUCCCUCAAGGCACGAGAGGAGGGAGUGGUAGCAGCGGUGCACGCAUGGAACGUGCUGCGCCUGGCCUUCCACGACACCCACCUUGCCACUGACACCUCCGCCUUCUGCUCCCCUGCUCUCCAAGCCGCCGUCGCCGCCGCCCGCUCGCCGCACUGGGAGGUGCGCAACGCAGGCGGGCUGUGCCUGGUGGCACUGCUGCACCGCAUGCUGGGCUUUAAGAACGUGCCCCGGGCGGGGCGGCCGUGGGCGCGGGAGCAGGUGGUGUGCAAGCAGACGGCGAGGCAGAGCAUGACAGCAGUGGAGUUCUUCCUGCGCUACCCUCAUCUGCACGCCUUCUUCCUCCGCCACCUCCGACAGGCUGCGCUCGCCUUCCUGCCUUCUGCUGAGAUCCCCCCUGCUGACGUUUCCCCCUCCCCCACCGCCACCACCAGUGCCAGCGCCACCACCUCCGCUUCUUCCACCUCCUCUUCCCCUGCCUCCUCCCAGCCGCUGCAUCCCGCCCUGGGCCCCGCGCUCAUCCUGCUCUCGCGCCUCAAGCCCUCCACCCUCACCUCCCCCUCGCCCUCCUCCUUCCUCUCCCCCUCCGCCUUCGUGCCGGCCGUCUCGCUCUGCGCCGCCCACCCCCGCAUGCACAUCCGAGAGCUCGCCGCCCGCGCGCUCGUGCCCAUUGUGGCCUCCACGGAAGUUUCCGGGAUGCUGCUGAAGCUGGCACGCAGUCUACCAAAGGAGUGGGGAAGAAGGGGUGGGAUGGUUGGGAUGGAUGGUGGUGAGGAGGGACGAAGUGAGAAGGAAAGUGAGGAGGAAAAGGAGAAGGAAUGUGAGAAGGGAGGUGAAGGUGAGGGCGGGAGGGGAGGUGCAGGUAUGGGGUACAAUGCGGUGCAUGGUGUGCUGCUGCAGAUGCGCCACCAGCUUGCCGCCUACUGGGUUGCCGGCACUGGCCAGCAGCAGCAGCAGCAGCAGCAGCAGCAGCAGCAGCAGGGGGGAGGGGAGGGGGCCAGCAGGGCAGCAGACGUGCAGGAGGUGCUGCAGGCGCUGCAGCAGCGGCGGUGGCUGGGCGACCCCCUCGCUUGCUGCUGCCCCAGUGUGGUUGCAGAGUAUCUCACCGUCUCCCACCUUCUCCUCUCCUCCGCGCUCCACGCCUCCCCUCCCCUCUCCGCCCUCCUCUCCUCCGCCCUCCACUCCUCCACCUCGCUGUCCUCCCCUCCCCUCUCCACCCCUCUCCCCACCGCCCCUCACCCCUCUGCACCACCCCUCACCCCAAUGGUUCAAGCCACAGCAGCCGCCUUCCUCCCGCUAGCCCUGCGUGCCUUCUCCUUCCACCCGCCUCUCCGUUUCACCAUCCUCGACCCCACAGCCCUCGCUCUCAGGCAAACCGCCGCCUCUCUGCUCCUCUCCCCAGAAGCUGUGUGCCUGGCAGGCCGAGGCCUGUGGGAGGGGCUGGGUGCUGUGGAGGGGGAUACGAGGCGAGAAGCAGGGGUGGGAGAGGGCGGGGUGUGUGGCAGUGCGGAUGCGUUUUGGCAGGUGGUGCUGUCAGCAGUGCAAGACCCCUGUCGAGACGUGCAACUGUCAGCUCUCCGCUCCCUCUCCCACCUCUUCGCCUCCCCUUGCUUGCUCGCGCCGCUGCUGUCACCGCUCCAGACCGCGCCUCACCGCAGCAGCAGCGGAGAGGGCGGAGUGGGGGCGGUGCUGCUGGCGGUGGUGCAGGGGGUGCAGCAGGAGAGGCGGGUGAACGGGCGGGACGAGAUGAGGUGCCGGCGGCUGCUCAAGGUGCUGCUGCCCGCCCUCUCCCUGCCCUCCCUGCAGCCCCUCCUGCUGCCCCUGCUUCCCUUUGCUCUGCUGCCUGGAGAACCACCACUGGCAGGGACAGCAGAGGAGAGGCAACCUGGUGGCCCCUCCCACGUGCCUGACAGCACUGCAGCUAGCAGCGAUAGGAGCGGGUGUGCAGCGCUGUGGGCGGUGGUGCUGGAGAUAUUUGAGACGGCGCGCGUGCUGAAAACGAGGGAGGCGGCGCUGAGGUGCCUGGGGCACUGCUUCCGCCUUCUGCUCUCCCAGCAUGGCCGCCUGGCCGGGUGUGGAAUGGAGCAGCAACAGCUGCAAGGUGCCUGGCAGCAGGAGGGCGCGAAGCAGUCAAUGGAGGGGGUGUUGACUUCAGGAGACUUUUCCCUGGGUCAGGGCCGAGGUACGGGGAACCUGCUGCAGCUGGCUGCCACGUGGCUGCAGCUGAUUGGCGAGCAGAGUGCGGCGCACCGGCCAGUGAGUGUGCGGCGGGCGGCAGCGGAGGCGGUGGUGUCGUCAGGACUGCUGCUGGAGGUGGGUAGAGUGGGGCACGUGCUGCGCUGUGAAGCAAUGGGAGUGGAGGGAGAGGAGGGAAAAGAGGGAGCAGAGGGUGGGGAAGGAGGGGAGGGUGCAGUGAUGGAGUAUGCGAGGGUGGUGGUGCGUGCAUGGCUGACAGUGAUUAGAGUGAUGGAGGAUGAAGAUGAGACGCUUCGCAAGUCCCUCGCCACUGCCGUCCUCACCAUCACCACCACUGCCGCUGCCGACGCCGCACACCCACACGCACCACCCACUACAGCAGCAGUGUCGUCGGCCUUUGUGCCGGCACAAGUGGAGCGGGCAGUAGAGGCAGCACUGGCACACGUGUCGCUGUGCCUGCGUGCCUGCCCGCCCGCCCUGCUGCCCGCACACCUGGCAGCCUGGGUGCUUCACCCCGACUUUGUCUCCCCCUCGAGCUUUCAGCGCCUCACUGCCUUGGACCGCCUGGGAGAUGAGUUGGUGGGUGAGGAGGAUGAAGAGGAGGAGCAGGAGGAGGAGAGUGCAGCAGAGAGUGAGAGGAGGGAUGGGGAAACGAGACCAGGAGAGGAAGGAGCAGCGGCAGCAGUGCGGGCAGUGCCGGGGUUUGUGCGGAGGCUGUUUGACCGAGAGGUUGAUAACCACCACGAGGAGCCCUUGCUGCUCGCACACCUCUGCUGCCUGCACCUGCACCAAGCGCUGCAGCACUGCCCGCCCUCCCCUGCGCUCCUCAGAACAAUCACCACCUGGAAAUUGGUCUUUGCAAGAAGGUUUUUCACCGAGGCUGCCCAAGCUGCCCGGCUGUGCAAGUCGAUGAAAUGGGUGGGCGGGCCGACGUUUCACCAGGACUCUUUUUCUGCCCUGAUUCGGCCGCUUCUUGGGUUGUGGGCGCUUAGCAAAGUGUCGUUCUCGGGAGCUGGGCGUGUCGAGUGUCUUGCACUGGGUUGGAGAAAUAUGAGCAGAGAGGAGUGUGAAAAGGAGUGUGUCGAGAGCAGCAGUGGGGAUGGGAGUGAGUGCACGGCAGCAGUGAGUGCGUUGCAAGCAACAGCCGAGGAUGUGCGGAGGACAAGGAAGCUGGUCAAGGCAGCUGCGAGGAAGCUGCAGGAGAUGCCUGUGAAUCCCAUCCUGCAGAGUGUGCUCUCAGAUGUGAUGCGGGCGAAUGCUGAUGAUGAUGCUGAUGAUGAUGCUGUUGAUGAUGCUGAUGAUGAUGCUGGUGCCAGGGAGAGGGGUAGGAAGGGGAUGCGUUGGGAGAAGGAUGUGCUGUGGUGUGAUCCGCUUUUCCUCUUGCAUGCACAGUCGUACGGCAUGUGA